UUAGCGGAGACUCGAACCCGACAUACUCGACCCCGCUCGAUGGAGAUUUAUUGGCCGAUGACAGCGACCGUGCGUCAACCCGCGUUAACCUGUCUCCUCCGGUUUUACUAGAAAGAGGAUAGAGUUCAAUUAAUUAAUUAAUGAUGGACAGCGGCGAGGACAAAGCACCUAACGUCCAGUUUAAGAAGAAGACGAAGAAAUCGUUAAGGAAACGCGAAGCUCUCUCGGAUGAUAAUAACAGCGAGGCGGAGGAGGUGUCUCUCAGGGAGAAGGUGGAGGAGAUGAAGAUCAUUCGAAAGCUCCGCGAGAGACCGGCUGGUGUCGACGUCGUUGGUUUGGCCCUUGGAGAAAGCGUUGCGUCUGAUGUCAUGACGUCGGAUCCGUUCAACAUGAAGACGGGAGGAAUGGUUAAUAUGGCAGCGCUGAAGAAUACGAAACACAAGCCGACCGAUGCGUACGAAACUGGCAUUGGGACGCAGUUUAACGCGGAGACCAAUAAACGCGACGAAGACGAGGAAAUGGUCAAGUAUAUAGAAGAGGAAUUGUCAAAGCGCAAGAGCAAAAAUAGUGACGACGCGGCGAAUAGCGCGAAUAGUGACAAGGGAUCGUACUGCUCGCCCGAGGAGGCGGCGUUGCGCGCGGUACCGGAGCAUCUGAGGCAAAGCUCGGCCAAUCGUAGCGAGGAAAUGCUCUCGAAUCAAAUGCUCUCUGGUAUACCGGAGGUUGAUCUUGGCAUAGAUUCAAUUUUCAGAGCCAAAAUUCGUAACAUCGAAGCUACCGAAGAGGCAAAGUUAAAACUUCUUUGGGACAGGCACAGAAAGAAGGAUGGACCCUCGCAGUUCGUUCCUACCAACAUGGCUGUAAAUUUCGUGCAGCACAACAGAUUUAACAUAGAAGAUUCAGAUUUCCAAAAGUCGCAGCAGAAUUCCGACAAGAAAAAAUUGAUUAUCAAGGAGGAUAUUCGAGGAAAGCGAAAAGACAAUGGCGAGAAGGCGACGGACGAUUACCACUACGAGAGAUUUAAGAAGCAAUUUAGACGAUUUUAAGACGGACUGUAUCGUUAAUUUAUCGUGCUAUUAUACUUUUUGGAUACACCUAAGCGUGAUGGCUUCUUACAUCAGAUGUCUCUGUUCAUUACAAUUUAAAAGAAACAAUACAAUAUUACGAUGUAA